GUUGAAUCGCUGUGUCUUCAUAUCAAGGAACCGCACCGAUCCAUCUCAUCACAGAGCCCCCUGCUCCCUUCUCUUUGAACCCGAACUUCACUCUUCAAAUCACCAUGGCGGACGCCGGCGAAGACACCACGCACGUUCAGGAGCCUCUUGACCUUGUCAAGCUCCUGCUCGAUGAAGUGGUUUUCGUCAAACUUAGAGGUGACCGUGAGCUUAAGGGCAGGCUUCAUGCAUACGACAGCCAUUGCAACCUUGUUCUGGGUGAGGUCGAGGAGACCAUCUACGUAGUGGAUGAGGAUGAAGAAGAUGAGGAAGUGAAGACCAUCAGCAGAAAGUCGGAAAUGCUCUUCGUUCGUGGUGACAGCGUGGUUCUCAUCUCGCCUCAAACGUCCUCAUAACCAUUGGGGGAUCACGCAUCAACCAUCGCCGCGAAGGGGCAUUGGUUUUGAGUCAACACCAAGUACACCCGAGCCGACGACAACACCUCACCGCUCGCAACGCGUUUUGACGUCUCUUGUCGCGACACCGGAGAGGAAAAGAUGUAACUCUUCAUACGACUAUCAUCAAUGCGGUCUCUCUCCAUAUACCCUCAUCCCGAGACCACGUUAGCACCCCUGGGCCUGUUGCAGAAUCUACUCCACUACAGCCUGGGACAACUUGCGUAUUGGUACGAUGGUGCAGCCAGGGCCACUCGGCCGCUUCAUUAUCAUGGCUGAGGAACAGCUGGGCAAACUUACCAAUUACAACCAUACACUCAAUCUCGUCGUUUGCAGUUCAAAUAGACAUUCCUAGCAAUGGAGCACGCUUUAGCGCACCCUGCU